AUGAAUUUCACCACUCUCGUCACUAUCUUUCUUACUGCAGCUACUGCUUCUGCUCUCGUGAUCGAUAGUAACAUCGAAGUAGGCCAGCACCUGGAUAAGCGUGCGACUUGCAUUGAGUGCCCCGGUGGUGGAACAGCUUGCUGCAAAGGCGCAGGUUCAGGCGGCUGUGUGCCGACAUGUGCCAGCAUGUUUUAUUAA